CCCCUACAAGUGCAACGACUGCGGGAAGAGCUUUAGCUGCACCUCGUACCUCCUCUGCCACCAGCGCAUCCACACUGGGGAGAAGCCCUACAAGUGCAACGACUGCGGGAAGAGCUUUAGCUGCACCUCGUACCUCCUCUGCCACCAGCGCAUCCACACUGGGGAGAAGCCCUACAAGUGCAACGACUGCGGGAAGAGCUUUAGCUGCACCUCGUACCUCCUCUGCCACCAGCGCAUCCACACUGGGGAGAAGCCCUACAAGUGCAACGACUGCGGGAAGAGCUUUAGCUGCACCUCGUACCUCCUCUGCCACCAGCGCAUCCACACUGGGGAGAAGCCCUACAAGUGCAACGACUGCGGGAAGAGCUUUAGCUGCACCUCGUACCUCCUCUGCCACCAGCGCAUCCACACUGGGGAGAAGCCCUACAAGUGCAACGACUGCGGGAAGAGCUUUAGCUGCACCUCGUACCUCCUCUGCCACCAGCGCAUCCACACUGGGGAGAAGCCCUACAAGUGCAACGACUGCGGGAAGAGCUUUAGGAGCCAUUCUUCAACAGUCAUCCACCAGCGCAUCCACACUGGGGAGAAGCCCUACAAGUGCAACGACUGCGGGAAGAGCUUUAGCUGCACCUCGUACCUCCUCUGCCACCAGCGCAUCCACACUGGGGAGAAGCCCCACAAGCGCAGUGACUGCGGGGAGAGUUUUGGACACAGCUCCCAACUGAACCACCACAAACACACUCAUGCCAAGGAGAAGCCCUUCAAAUGCAAUGAUUGUGGGAAGAGUUUUAGCUGCAGCACAUAUCUCCUCUACCACCAGCGCAUCCAC